UUCAGACGCGUCAAUAAUAAUAGUUUACUAAGAUAAGAUAAAAAGUUUGUGAUAAAAUUGUGUAAAUAAAACCACCCGGUGUUUGCUAGUGAUAUUACUUAGUUCGUAACUUAGUGUUAGGUGAAGAAAGUUCUAGAAUCUUAGGAUACGUUGCAUGCAAUGACCUGAACGGUCACGGGUUAAGAACACCCUAUUUUGUACAAGACAGUGGGAAAAAUAUACGCUUAAACAUGGAUUCGCCGAAGAUUGUAUACAAAUAUUAUUCUAAUCCAGCAUUUUGUGCCCAAAGCGAAGUAAUUUUCGCUCAAAAACAAAGUGUGACAAAAAUUGUAUCGCCUAACCGUCGCAUGCCACCUUUAGGUGGCAAUUCACCAAGAAAACAUGUAGAAACUAGAAUAAUGAGAACAGAUAUUUCAGAUAAUCCUCUAAGGAUGUCUCCUGCAGGCGCCAGACGUGAUGAACCACCAGAAUUGCCACCGAAACCUGCCAAGUUUCAAUCUAGAAACUUCCAAAGACAGUCUUCUUUAGUCUACAAACCUACAAGAACCGUUAGAUGUAGAACCAGGAGCGAAGACCUAGAAAUGGCACAGUUUAAACAAGAAAGAAGAUCAAAAUAUGACAGAAAUGCUGAAAGCGACGAUGGAUUAGAAGAUAGCAGAUAUAACAAACAUAGAUAUGAAGUAAUAAAAGAUGAUAUUUAUGAAGGCAUGGACUAUUCUCCAACGAAGAAGAGAAUAAUAGAAGCGGAUGCCACAGAAAUAGAAGAAUAUAAUGUAGAUGGACCAGACGAUAAUGAAUUGAAAGAAAUACCAACUGAAAUAGUUAAAACUGUCAAUGGGAAAACGCAUAGAUAUGCUAUAGUGCCUUCAGAUGAUGAUGAGCCGAUACCAGAGCCAGUGAGGCGAAAUAAUGUAACGUUUUCAUCGCCAAUGAUGUCAAAGAAGAAUUUAAUAGCGACACAGAAGUUACACGAGUUACUGUCGACGCCAAGGAAGUUAAAGAGCUACGCAAGUCAACCGUCAGUUCAUGUAACACCAAAUAAGUCUGCAAUUAGUCCAAAUAGAUAUACUGAAACCCCGAGUAAAAUAUCAUCCAGUACGCCAACUAAAGGUGUAACCCCAUCGAAAUCUUGUGCUAAUUUGACUUCAAGGAGUCUUGCUACUUCGCCAAUAUCGCCGAGAGCUCAACAGAAACUGCAUUAUGGGUUGCCAGACGAAUUUAACAGGACAGAUGUGUUUGUAACUAGUUUUAGAGAGAAGAGUCAGGAUCGGAGUUUAGAUUUUAACAGGAGAGAUCUUAGUAGAGAGAGCAAGAGAAUGAAGGACCAGAAGAAGGAUAGAACCACAGCCGUUAUAAUGCCGAGAUUGGCGGCACCAGCGCCAUCUGUCUACUCGGAUGACACGUACAAGUCGCUCUCCCUCAUCAAGCAGGGCUCCAGGGCUUCGCUGACCGUCGCGGCCAUGAUGCUGACUCUCAGCGGAGGCCUGACCACUGGACUGAGCUUCUAUAUGAUGUAUUCUUUGGGUCGCCGAUAUUACCUAGAUUUUGGAGUAUUUUCCGGCUUCACGUGUUUCUUGUUGGGUUUGCUCGGAUGCCGCUCAAGGAGACAACAUCUGUUACCUAAUAGGAAUUAUAUAUCAGGCUACAUAGUUCUGUCGUCAUUCUCCCUCCUGAGCGCAGUGGGCCUCAUCUUGCUGCUGAGCUUAGACCCCAAGCCAGGCACGCCACUGAGUGACAUAACUUCAGGGGCUGUAUGUGGCGUUAGUCUUCUGUCAUUGAGUCUGGCGUCCAUUGGAGUUUUCGCCUCCUACUGUUGCGCUAGAGACCCACCCGACAACAGAGUGGGUAGUUCUACUUGGUAUUAACUUUAUUAGGCGAUUUCUCUUCGACGCCGGCUGUGAUUUUACAAACGCUCACCUGACGUAGGGUUCCCUUCCCAACUAUACUGUUAAAAAUAGUAUUUAACUAUUUUUCACUAAAUUAUACUUUUUACUGUUGAACAAUAAAAAGAUAUACAAAAUACUGGUUUCAGACGCUCACACUAUUAUUUAAAAAUUACGCCGCAAAAUUACGCGUUGCCGCGUAAAACACUGCAUUUUUUUUUCUAAAAUACUGUUCAUUUUGGCUUCUCAGACUUAUAUAUACUUUAUUUCUGGUAAAAAAAAGUUGGCAACCCUAACGUGACGUUAGUAGGUACUCCUUAUCCUAUUAGCCUAUCAGCAGCUAUGUGUCCCUGUCGGCGGGUGGAUAUGGAGUGGUCCUGUUCUAAGGCGGAACCACACGCCACAUUUCGAUAUAAUCGAUGACUGUAAUAUAAAUGUUAUAAAUGAAGUAUUAGUAAUCAGAGGUCAAUGCAAGGCAAUCGUUUGUAAAUAUAGGUUAUUAGGUUAGUAUUUGUAAUUUUGAAAUAUAAGUUAUUCUUAGACGACUGCUUAAUCUAGCAGGCGCAAAUUUAAAAAAAAAAAAACUUAGAGGAUCGCUUCGUUGUUGGUCUGUUUGUUCGAUAUUUAAUUUCAUAUCACAAGCUUGUAUUUUUAUUAUAAAACUCGUGACUAAAAUUAUUUUUAAUCGAUAUAUUAUAUAUAAGUACUUUUAGUAAUUGAAACCAGUGUUUCCUUUUAUUAUAAUAAAUUUUACCUUGGACAUGGAUUUCAUAUACCGAUUAAAAAAUUAUACGUUUACGUAAGUACCUACAUAGGUAUGUUUAUGAAUAAUCUGUUUUUACGAAAAUGACAUUUUAAUAUUUAGUAGGUAUCGAUGUCAAUGAUAUUCGUACCUAUAUGAAUAGCUUGACGGACUUUCAUAGUUUUUAUUUGGCUUUAUUAUGUCAAUGUGAACUAUAGAUAAUGUUUUUAUUAUGCAUCAAAGUAUAGGUUACAUAGGUACUAGGUAAUUUUAGAUUUUUAGAUAUAAAAUGACAUAAAAUAAAUAAAAACAUAACGUCCACUAUUUAUGAUGUCUUACUUGAUACGAAUUUUAUUCUAUUUUUUAAAUGCUAAUAACGUUAAUAAUAAUUAAAUUAAAGAAAUAUUAAUAUCUAUUAAAAGUGUUUUCAUAAGUAAAUAAACGUCACUGGCUCUUAUACUAUUAUUUUGAUGUUUUUUUUUUUUAAUUUUAUGGCUCCUUCGUUCGCCAAAACGAUGAUUUUGCCAACGUCAAGGUUGAGAUUAACACGGAAUUAACAUGUUAUAAUAUCAAUAUUGAAACACGGUUCAGUGUGUAACCUAAUAAGAGUAUAUAUGUAUGUAUAUGACAUAUAAUAUACAUACAUACGGAUAUAGGGGAGAUACAAAUUUUAGAAGUGUGUGACGCACAGACCAUUUAGUAAAUAGUCUGUGGUGUGACGUGAUUAUAAUCGUAACUAAUAUUUUUUUACCAAAGCAAGCUUAUGUAUUGUUAUUGUUCUUUUUUGUAAAUUGUAUAUAAGGUGGGUAUAUUAUUGGUAUGUAUUUUAACAUCAAAAUUAAUAGUAGAUACUUACUAGUGCUUUAUAUUUAUGGAUUUAAUUUUUUUUGUAACUAAGUAAGUACUACUAAUAAGCAAUCGUUGGAAAAUAAUAAAUUUGAAUAUGAAAAUGA